AAAUAGAAAAACUGCAAAACAUCUUUCUACUGCAAGUGCAUCAUCCCACUCCAGCUGAAUUUCACCGAGCAAACUGGCAACACUGCAGGUUAGUGGUCAAAAGAAGGAUGCAACAAGAAACAUUGUGACUCCCUUUGCAGCAAAGAAAAUAAAAUGAGCAAUAAGAUAAACGGACAUGAAGGCAAACAUAUAAAGAAGAGGCAAAGCUGUACGUUUGAGAAACUGGGGUGUAGGUUUAAGGGUGCGAGAUCAAAGGCUCAUAAGCAUGAGGCUACGUCUAUCACACUCCACACGAAUCUGCUCCUGGAAGAAGUCCUCAGACUUGAAAAAACAGAGGAGGCGCGUAGCGAGGUCUUGGAGAAACUGAAUCGAUUAGCCGAGAGAGCUGAGAAACAGCCCGGGGUUAAUCUGGACAUGCAAGAGGAGGCAUCCUGUCCUGAUCUGAACGAGAAACUGCAGGAGCUGUGUCACACCGUGCAGCUGCUACAGAUUCGAGUGCCCGGUCUCGAGAGCAAAACGGGAGAGCUCCAGAACAAGGUAGCCGUCACGUCUACGGCCAUGGAGAAAUGUGACGCACUGGCGAAGAGCAUGGAAAGAGAGUUGGAAUCUAAUAAACGGACAAUAAAUGCUCUGCAAGACAAGGUAAGACAACUUGAGCAAAACAUAAGCCUUUGCUUUCCAAUGAACAAUCCGCCAGUUGAAGUGGCACAAAACGGGAUCUUCAUUUGGAGUAUUGCACAGUUCCGCAGUCUGACACAGGAAGCCAUCAGUGGUUUGAGACCCUAUUUGGAGUCGGAAGCAUUUUACACAAGCCAGUAUGGGUACAAAAUGAAGCUACGAAUCUAUUUGAAUGGCAACGAGCAAGCAAAGGGAACUCACAUUUCGCUGUACUUCACACUGCAGACUGGGGACUUUGAUUCCCUGCUGAAAUGGCCCUUUGCAGAAACGGUGAGGCUCUCAAUCUUGAGUCAGACUAACAGAGAGGACUCGGCUGUGCACUGCCUUUCUCCAAGCGGGCUUCUGCAAUCCUUGCAGAAGCCGAGGGCGAAUGGAAACAUACCUUACGGAGUCCCAAUGUUCGUGUCCCUCACAGAGUUCUAUAGCAGGCUUGGGGAGUUUGUGCAUGAUGACACACUGUUUGUAAAGACAGAGGUCGAGCACAGAAAAGUGUAGGGAAAAAAAGGUGCGUUAAAAGCAUUGUAUAAACAUGUCUGGUAAGCUGAAGAAAAUACUGCCUAUAUAAAAAAAUAGUACUUGUAUUCUAAAGCAGUAGUCAAUACAAUAGUAUAGUAUGGUGCAUAUUUACCAUAGUAUUCCAUAGUACUGCCGUGAAUUUGACCCAGUGGAUUCUUAAAGCUUUUACUGUACACUGUAGAGUGUUUUUCACUAAGUAUAGAUUCACCCAUUAUAGAUACCAAACCAGAACUGCGAUUGCGCUGAUGACGAUUUGGGAGUAAAAAGCUUUGAUGGUCUACUAGCCCAGAGUGUUCAAUGUGAAACACAGAACAAUGAUCAGAAGCUAUUUGUUUGUAAUGUGUUUUCUUUAACAUAAUAAGUGAAGUCACAUUAUUUGUGUAAUCAGCAACACGUAAACUUGUAUUAAAUACAACAAGUAUACAGUA